AUGCAGUCGUCCAGAAUUUUUGUCAAGAACCUGCCGCCAAAUAUCACCGAGAGUGAUUUUCGCAAACACUUUGCGGUUCAAGGCCGACAGGUCACCGAUGUCAAGCUGUACCCCAGCCGUCGAAUCGGUUUUAUUGGUUACAAGUCGGCCGAAGAUGCUGCAUGGGCAGUGAAGUACUUCAAUAAAACAUUCAUUCGGCUGUCCAGGAUUGCUGUUGACUUGGCCAAGCCGAUUGCAGACUCUAUUCCGAAGAAUGGUGCUAAGCUAACCCCAGCGAAUGGCAGUGCCAGAAUAUCCCUUCACAAUGCUCCUGCAUCUGGGAUAGGGCAGGCCGAAGAUGGGAAUUCCAAAAAGCGGAAGCGGGAAGAGCCUGCCGAGGAGGCCGACCCAAAGCUACGGGAGUUCCUUGAAGUUAUGGGCCAUACCUCCAAGAAGUUGAGAGAUCAAGAUGUUCCCAGCGCUGAGCCGCAAUCAGAGCCAGUGGCCACGGUUGCCGGCGGCGAAAGCGACGACGAAUAUGACGACGUUGCAGUACGCAAGAAAUCUCAAAGCGACAAUACUGUUGGCCACAGCAUGCCAUCAGCCGCACGUGCGGUAACCGCAGAGCUCCCCAUUGGCGCGCCGCCGCCAGAGGAGCUAAAGGUUCCGGUACCUCCACCUGUUCCUGCAGAUACCACGGAUGAUGACUGGCUUCGGUCGAGGACAAAUCGCCUGCUUGAUCUUGUAGAUCCUGACGAUCCACAAUUUCCUAUACGACCUGUAUCAUCUAUGCCCGCAGCUGCUACUGCCCUCAAAGCGGAAGAGCAUCCUCCUGGGGAAAAUGCUGUUUUGUUAAAGCCUGACAAAGCAGGCGAUGCCUCGGUUAAGGAUAAAGCUGCAGAGCAGCACGGGAGCAUGGAAGAUGCGAUAGCCACAAUCAACAAGACGCGCAGGCUUUUUCUGAGGAACCUUUCUUACACUACCACUGAAGACGACUUGAGGGAGCACUUUAGCCGUUUUGGUGCUCUUGAAGAGGUUAAUCUUCCACUUGAUAAUCAGAACCGAAGUAAGGGUUUCGCCAUGAUUCGGUUUGAAAAACCCGAGGCUGCAGUCGCUGCAUUCCAGCUUGACGGCUCUACCUUCCAAGGGCGGCUCCUCCACAUCCUCCCUGCUGCUCCCAAGCGGGAGUUCAAGCUUGACGAAUUCGCCCUGUCGAAGCUUCCCCUCAAGAAACAACUGCUACUGAAGAAAAAGGCCGAGGCCGCCUCGAGCACAUUCAACUGGAAUUCUCUGUUCAUGAGUCAAGACGCCGUCAAUACCGCUGUAGCAGAACGCCUUGGCAUCUCCAAACAUGAGCUUUUGGAUCCCACGGAUGCAUCUGCUGCUGUGAAACAGGCAAUUGCGGAGACCAGUGUGAUUCAAGAAGCAAAGACCUACUUCGCAAAGCAUGGCGUUAACAUUGAGGCCUUCAAGAACCAGCAGCGUGGUGACACAGUCAUUCUAGUGAAGAAUAUUAAAAACACAACUGCUGAGGAGCUGAGAGACCUUUUUGCAGAGCAUGGUAGUGUCCUGAGAGUGCUGAUGCCACCGAGUGGCACUAUUGCCAUUGUUCAGUUUGCGCAACCCGCAGCCUGCCGCGCGGCCUUUGCAAAAAAGGCUUACUCACGCUUCAAAGACUCGGUCUUGUUCCUUGAAAAGGGCCCGAAGGGGCUUUUCACAGACACUCCACCUCUACAACAAGGCAACCAGACUACUGGGGUUCAGAAGCUGUCAGCUGCUGAGUUGCUGGCACGCGACGACGCGGAGGAAGAGAGCACGGUUGAGACAAGCUCGCUUUAUGUCCGCAAUCUUAACUUUUCUACAACCUCCGAAGGUCUGGCCAAUGCCUUCAAGCACCUGGAUGGCUUUGUUAGUGCGACGGUCAAGACCAAACCUGAUCCUAAGAAGCCAGGUCAGGUACUUAGCAUGGGUUUUGGUUUCUGUGUAUUCAGAACCAAGGAGCAAGCACAGGCGGCUCUCAAGGCCAUGGAUGGCACCGUCCUUGACGGCUACAAGCUCGUGAUCAAGGCAUCGCACAGGGGUCUGGAUGCGGCCGAGGAACGCAGGCGGGAGGAUCUUGCCAAAAAGGCAGCUGUCGUCAAGAGGAAAAUUGUGAUCAAGAACUUGCCCUUUCAAGCAACCAAAAAGGACAUUCGGGAUCUUUUUGGCACGUAUGGGAAACUCGUGGCUGUCCGAGUCCCAAAGAAAUUCAACUCUCAAUCACGCGGGUUUGCUUUUGCUGAAUUUGCCACGGCAAAGGAGGCGCUUAACGCACUCACUGCACUUAAGGAUACUCAUCUGCUUGGACGGCGUCUGGUUCUAGACUUCGCAGAAGCUGAUGAAGUCGAUCCAGAGGAGCAGAUCAAGGCCAUGGAGAAAAAGACACGGGAUCAGUUGAACAAGGUCACUUUACAACAGUUGACAGGGGGAGGAAGGAAAAAGAUCAACAUUGGGGGAGACCAUGAUGAAGAUGAGCGAUGA